AAUAUGCGUAUGCAUCACGCGGUUAUAUGUAAAUCCGGUUAGAGAUCUAGAUGUGCCUAUAAUACACAAGUUAAGAGGUCGGAAUGCGAGGAAUGUGUGUCUAGGGGAGCCGGUUCGGCUCGAUACGGCUCUGGACGACGAUCCCGCGAUUUGGCUGUCGUAGAGAUCGCUUCCGAUGCUGAGGAAUGCAAAUGCACCAACAUGUUCUAUGAGUGAUUGACGCCUAAGUGCAGGUUAUUCAGCCGGAGCCAGCGCGAUUCGUUAGUAAACAUGCAGCCGUGAUAUUAUCGUGAGUGACCGUCGACUUGUAACAUCCGAUAAUGGCAGAGAAUCUGUCGAAACGGCCUUCUAAGGGAAUUCUCAAGACGUCCAGCAGUUUUGAUAAUCCAGAGGCGCCUAGACCAAAUAAAGAAACAACAUGGGAUGAAAUGAAUAUUAUCGCUACUCUUCAUCCUGCUGACAAGGAUUAUGGUCAUAUGAAGAUCGAAGAACCAAAAACCCCAUAUAACUUCGAAGGCCUCGAAAAUGAACAUGAAUUUGAUCAAUUAGAUGCUAGCACUAUUGCAGCAAAAUUAGCUGGAAGUAGCAAACCCAAAAUUUUCGAAGAAUCUAGCGAAGAAGAGGAGGAUGAAGAGACUCCUGAAGAAAAAGAAAGGAGGAGAGCUUUUGAGGCAAAGAGGAAGGGCCACUAUCGAGAAUGGCAUGCCGUACAAAUGGCAAGACGACUUUUAGAGCAAGAUGAAUUAGAAGAAGAAGAUGACGAUGGAGAAGGUAAAAAUAAUGAGGAAAAUUCAUCAGAGGAAGAAAGUGACUUUGACACUCGCUUCAAAUGCAUGCCGUCCUGUGAUAGAAGUGACAAAAAAUAAAAAGUAUUGAUUAGUAAUUUUAUUUUUAUUGCUCAUCAGUUAUAAUUUUGGUGGCAAUGUCUACUUUAUCAUUUAACGCUAUUGUGAUUAAAAUGUUUGUUAUACAGUGUCCAAACACAUACAUAUACACAAAAUCUCGCAUCUUAAUCCUGUAUAUAUAGCUUUAACAGCUUCACCCUCUGUAAAUAAAUAUUUUAAAAACCUGAAUAUUUAUAGAAUAAUCUAUUGUUAGAUUUUCUCAAGGGCAUAGAUAAAAUAGUAGUAACAGCAUAUAAAUAAAUUUUUUUUUGUUACUAAUUUAAUUCAGAGAUAUUAAUAAACUGUGCACAAAACUCAACGUGUUUAAUGACCGUGUAGAUUCAUAUAGAUUGCGAUUUGUAAAAGCUUUGCUCGUCGUCUCGCAUGUUGUCACAGGCCUAUACUUUACAGAGUUGAUUUCAAUAAUGUUCUUGUAAAAUUUAAUGUCUCGGAAGAAAUUUGCAGAGGGAUUCUCUCUUGAUCAUUGUAUCAAAAUUCGACGAAUAAUAAGGCUGAACAAAGCGUUCUCAUGUGUAGCGAAAAUUUAAGAUGCCAUAUGUAAUUUUUACAAUCAUGUAUGUAUGUACCUUUUUAGGUACGUAUGUAUUUAAAAAUGUUAGAAUACAUGUCCUGUUAUUAGCAUAGGCAUAUGCUAUGUAACAUUCGAAUGUAUGACGUCGAACUUUCGUUUUUUCUCAUAAUGCUUGAUUUUAUUUUCCAAACUUUCUAUAAAAGAAAACGAAUAUAGAUUAUAUACAUAGCAGCAUGUAACAAAAUUAUCAAUUUGUGUAACGUGUAAUUAUCAAUUAAGAACUAUUUAAUCUACUUAAGCCUGUUCAAGUUUAUUCGUGAACUUAAAUAUUUGAUCUUUCUUUUAUUUUUAUAUAUCACUCUACAUUCUUUUUCCUAUAUUCCAUUCUAUAUUUUUCAACUAUUCGUGCUGUCGUAAUUUUCUCAAGCAAUUUUUUUCUAAAUUAAUUGCAACGCACGGAUACAACGAACGUAUAUAUAUAUAAUGAUUUGGAUUUAUUUUCUGUGCUUUUGUAUUCUCUGUCUCAAGAUAAUCUUCAACAACAUAAAGACGGAAAAGCGUUUUGCUCAUGAAUCAAAAUUUGGACAGGCUUAAUUUAAUAAGUUGUAUACUGUUGAUAGAAUGCAUAUUUUAAAAAAUUUCGAAUAUAGAAUACGUCCAAAAGUGAUGACAUUAUGUUUAGUAGCAUAAAAACAGAGUGAAGAAUUAAGUAUAUCUGAUUAUCAAAAUUUUGAAUGUAUCAUAUAAUGGAAUAAAGCAUAUUAAUAGAUUUUCAAUAGUA